AUGGAUAGUAAUCUUUUUUGUAUACGAUGGGAUAACCAUCAACGUACUAUCAUUUCCAUGUUUUCCACUCUAUUGGAGAAUGAAACACUGGUUGAUUGCACGUUGGCAGCGGAAGGAAAAUUCCUAAAGGCCCACAAAAUUGUCCUCUCCGCGUGUAGUCCCUACUUUGCAGAACUGCUGUCGCAACAAUAUGACAAGCAUCCCAUAUUCAUACUGAAAGAUUUGAAAUUCGAGGAACUGCAGGCCAUACUAAACUAUAUGUAUUGCGGUGAGGUAAAUGUUCCUCAAGGUCGGCUAGUUGCGUUUCUAAAGACUGCAGUAUCUCUACAAGUUAGAGGAUUGGCCGAUAAAUUGAAUACGUCAUCUAACGUAUCAAAUCAACAGCCAAAACCAACACAUAGUGAAACUACAGAAACUAAUGUAAAUGGAAUUGUUGUAAAACAGGAAUGGCCGCCUGAGGAUAAUUAUACACCGCCAGAAAGUUUACCUAUUUCAUCAAGGCGUAAGCGUAAAGCAAAACUUCAAAAACUACGACGAUCUCAACAGCACGACGAAAAGAAAGCACAUGAUGCAAACCAGAAUGGAUCGGAAGAGACCGAAUUAGAUGGCAUAGAUGCUAUCCCUCCAGCCAAACGUCAGCAAUCACUGGCGUCCAACUUCACCGACAAUGAAUCGAUUAGCAAACCUGAAUUGCUGAUCGAACCAAAAAAUGGAUCGGAAGAGACCAAAUUAGAUGGCACAGAUAUCCCUCUAGCCAAACAUCAGCAAUCGCUGGCGUCCAACUUCACCGAAAAUGAAUCGAUUAGCAAACCUGAAUUGCUGAUCGAACCAAAAUAUGGAUCGGAAGAGACCGAAUUAUAUGGCAUAGAUAUCCCUCUAGCCAUACGUCAGCAAUCAAUGGCCUCCAACUUCACCGAUAAUGAAUCGAUUAGCAAACCUGAAUUGCUGAUCGAACCAAAAAAUGGAUCGGAAGAGACCGAAUUAGAUGGCACAGAUAUCCCUCCAGCCAAACGUCAGCAAUCACUGGCGUCCAACUUCACCGACAAUGAAUCGAUUAGCAAACCUGAAUUGCUGAUCGAACCAAAAAAUGGAUCGGAAGAGACCGAAUUAGAUGGCAUAGAAAUCCCUCUAGCCAAACGUCAGCAAUCGCUGGCGUCCAACUUCACCGAAAAUGAAUCGAUUAGCAAACCUGAAUUGCUGAUCGAACCAAAAAAUGAAUCGGAAGAGACCGAAUUAUAUGGCAUAGAAAUCCCUCUAGCCAAACGUCAGCAAUCGCUGGCGUCCAACUUCACCGAAAAUGAAUCGAUUAGCAAACCUGAAUUGCUGAUCGAACCAAAAAAUGAAUCGGAAGAGACCGAAUUAUAUGGCAUAGAUAUCCCUCUAGCCAAACAUCAGCAAUCAAUGGCGUUCAACUUCACCGACAAUGAAUCGAUUAGCAAACCUGAAUUGCUGAUCGAACCAAAAACUGAAAUCAUGGACAGCCAAGGAGAUGAGGGUGGGGAACUUUUAAUAUUCGAUAUGGAUGAUUUGGAGGACAGUCCGGAACAGCUCGAAUGCAGUUGCCAGAGCGUAGGUAAAUCACCCGUAACCGUGGCCGUAGCCGAUCAAAGUGUCGGUAGACAACGUCGUCGAGGCAGCAACGAAACGUUAGAUUUUAAGACGGUCACUAUGGACGACGGUGUGGUGCGCUACCUGUGUCCCCAAUGUGGCGUCAAGUAUAAACGGGUAAGUGCCUUGCGCACUCACAUGAAGGAAUGUGGAAAGGGAGCGCAGUGUCCGCUGUGUUCGAAGAUUGUCACCCAACGGCGUAAUUUGGCAAAGCACAUGGAACGUCACAAGCGCGAAGGAUUGGUGCGUGUGCAGAACUUACUUAAUUAUUGUGAGUUGAAUUUCCCCUCCUAG